AUGCGUUUUGAGUUAUCAAAUACAGCGAAUGAAUACAAAUCAAUCGUAGCCAAUUUUAAUCAGUCUAUCAAAGGAAAAUAUACAAAAAUAAUACGAAUAGAACGCAUUCAAAAUGAACGAUGGUAUAUUCAAUAUUUGGCACACAGUCGAAGUUUCAAAAGAACUCUCGAUAAAGAUACUGAAAAAAGUUUGUAUCACGGAUGUCCUCAAGAGGCAGCUGACAAAAUCGUGAAAAGUUGUUUCAAUCGCAGUUUUGCAGGAGUUACUGGAACUGCGUAUGGUUUUGGUGUUUAUUUUUCAUCAGAUGCAGCUUAUAGUCAUGAUUAUGCAAAACCAAAUGUCAAUGGAGAACGUCAUAUGUUUUUGGCACGAGUUCUAGUUGGAAAUACAACUAAAGGUAAUAGUUCAAUGAAGAUUUGCCCUGCUGGAUUCGAUUCAACUACUGAUGGUAAACAUAUUUUUGUCACUUAUCAUGAUGCUCAAGCUUAUGCUGAAUACUUAAUUACUUAUACAUAG